AUGCUGAAAGCUCGAUCAACAAUUUCCAACUCAAGAAUGAGAGCUUUUGGCACCAAUGCCCGUCUCUUCAGUAGCUGCACUAGUGUGCUGAGAAACAACAGAGCUAGCCUGCGAAAAAUUCCGGGUCCAACAGAGAAAAUCCCCUCAGUAGAGGCCUUUUUAGCGACGAUUGGACGAAAGUGCGAUGAGCAUGUGGAAGUAUACGAAAACAAGUGGGAGAACCUAUUUUCAUGGGACUCGGCAAUUUUAAAGGAGAAGGGCAUACCUGCACAACAGCGGAAGUACAUUUUGAGCCAAGUGGAACGACUACGGAAGGACGAAACCGUCGCGGAAAUCAAAGUGGGCAAGAAAUCGUUUUUAGGUGGUGAACGUAAGCGUAAGGAAACCGUAGCGAAAAUGCGGGCCGAGCAACGUGCAGAACAGCGUGCCGCGAGCAGCACUCCACAAUAA